AUGUCGUGGAGGUGUAGCAGUAUUUGUUAUCACCAGUGUGCUUUGCAUCAGCAUCAGUGUGCAUGCCAGUAUUCAACAUUGUUCAGAAGUCAUCAGGCUGAAAUCGACAUCUUUUCUCAAAGUUAUCACCAGUGUGCUUUGCAUCAGUAUCAGUGUGCAUGCCAGUAUUCAACAUUGUUCUGGGACGCAAAUUCUGUAGCCCAUGAAAUGAAGCUAUGCCAACCUAUCUGCUUCCACACUGUCGGCAACAUUCUUCCAUCACACAUUUCCAGCUAUACGGAGUUACUUGGUGAUUCUACAAUCUCAGCCAGUAUUAAGAACCCAAAUUGACUUCUGCUGUUACAAGCUACAUGUGUAUCAUUCUCUCACAUAUGAACAACCGUGAAAUGUACACAAAGACUGCUUGCAUGUCCAAAAGAACACUCAUAACAAACCCAUCACGGUGGUGCGGGGAACAUUGUUAUUUUGCAUUCCAUGCAGUGACAGACCUUGUUGGCUUCAUGAGAUAAUUCGUGACUGCUAGUGACAUAAGCCUAAAUGUUUAUGUAAAGUCUGGCAAUUGAUAUGUGAAUAGCAAUUAUCUUCAAGUUUUUC